UCGCGGUAACGUGCUGUGCCCGUGAGCGACGUCUUCCGCUUUCAUCACUUCCGUGUGUCUGCAGCUUCUGUUCCCACCCCCGGGCGCCGGAACCCGUUAAGUUCCUACUUCUCGCGUCUUGACUUCUCCGCAGAGCUUGCCCUGCGUGGCGCCCAGCGCGGGGACAUGAGCGUUCCUGGGUCACCGCCCCCGGACGGGGUCCUGACCGGGCCCUCCGACAGCCUAGGGGCCGGCGAGCCCACGCUGGGCUUGAGCGACGCGUCUCCAGAUGAAGGGCUGAUAGAGGACUUCACUGCAGAGGACAGAGCUGUGGAACAGCUGGUGGGGGGCCUGCUAUCCCACUACUUACCAGAUCUGCAAAGGUCGAAGCAAGCCCUCCAGGAGCUCACACAGAACCAGGUUGUGUUACUAGAUACAUUGGAACAAGAGAUUUCAAAAUUUAAAGAAUGCCAUUCCAUGUUGGACAUCAAUGCUUUGUUCACAGAAGCGAAGCACUAUCAUGCCAAGCUGGUGAACAUACGGAAAGAGAUGCUGACGCUUCAUGAGAAAACAUCAAAGUUGAAAAAAAGAGCACUUAAACUACAGCAGAAGAGGCAGAAAGAAGAGCUGGAGAGGGAACAGCAACGGGAGAAAGAAUUUGAAAGAGAAAAGCAGUUGACAGCCAAGCCAGCCAAAAGGACAUGAGAAGCUGGGUUGUGGGUGUUUCUGACCUGUCAUACUCCCUGGACCUGCAGUGCUGUACACCAAGAGUGAGGCAUGGACGGUGCCUGAUGCCGUGCCAUGUCUUGAAGUCUUCCCCAGGGCUGCUGUGUCUCCAUGGCGUCAUUUUACUUCACUUCACUCAAGAAGUAUUGAUUUUAGAGUUUCAGUUCCUUCUUUUGUAAUGACAGGUCUUUCCUGCACUGCAACACUGAUUUUUGGCAAUCACUUUUCAUUGCUUAAAGAGAAAUGCCAAACUGUCUGAUCACAAAUAUCCUAGGAAGAGAGCCUCCGAGCCUUUGUGAAGGAAGUGUGCACACUGGAAAUACUUAGAUGUAGGCCAGGGGAGGCCAGGCAGAUUCUUCCAGCCGUUUUUCAACACUGCUGCUCGUGUAGACUUGGGGUUCAAGGCCGGAUUCUAGCCAUUUCUAAAGCUGCAGUGAUGGUGGGCCUGCCAGAUGCUCAAAGGUGUGCAUGUGUGUGUGUGUGUGUGUGUGUGUGUGUGUGUGUGUGUGUGUGUAUUGUAUUUUUGUGUUUUUUCUUUUUUUUUACCCCUAGAGACAGGGUCUCUAUAAAGUCCUGCCUAUCCUGGUACUCGCUGUGUAGACCAGGCUGGCCUCAAACUUACAGACAUCCACCUGCCUCUUAUUCCUGGUGCUGGGACUCAAGAUGUGCAGUGCCACGCCUGGCUCUGUGCUUUUUAAAGUAGAACAGAAUCUGCUGCUGCUUAUAUCAUAUGUGGUUACAGCGUGGGUAGAAUGGUGGUCAGUAGUGUACGGAAGAGACAGCACGGCACCUUUAGUGCUCUCUGGAUUUUUCUUCCUCGUGUUGUAUGUCUGAACCUACACUGCGGGGCAAGAUGAAGUCUCAUUGUUGGAAAUCAAGAGUUAGUGUACUUGCCCACCGUAGUGUUUAGAGUGCAGCUGGUUUCUAACGCCUGCUGUGUGUGAGCAGUAUGAACUGCAAAGGAAUCUGGUUAGAAAGUGCAUUUUGUAAUCCAUGUUACACUUUUAGUAAGCUGGAAUUUCUACCUCUGAUCACAUACUGGGCGAACAAUAGAUCAUGAAAGGUGAAUGAUGCCAAGAACUUGUCAGGUUAAAGGCUUACCUAUUUCUCAAAGACUCUUUUCUUUCUUUAAUGAAUGAGUUGUGAUCCCACCAGUCACAACCUUCUGCUUAAGAAUACAAAUGGGUCUAUUUGAAAGGCUGUUACUCUUAGUCACUUGUAUGUCACUCCCAGAGCAGGAGUCACAGGACUGGCAGUGCAAUGCCAUUAAAUUCCAGAAUGUACUUGUUUAACAAAAUCUCGGACAUCUGACAGUAGCUGUAGAUUGGUUUUUGUGUGGAGCUGGUUGUUUAAAAUGCCGUUCCUGGACGCUUUCCUCAGUCUAUUGAAGUGAAUCUGUCCUUUGUUUAUGUUGCUGAAAGUUUCCUCCAGUGAUUCUGGUGUACCUUAAAAGCUAAGACAGUGGUAGCCACUGCCAAGGCUCCCACACUAACUCAUGUGACCAUUUUCACUUGGGAACUUGAGAAAAUACAGACAUCCUUAGUUCUUACUCAUUAGUUUUGAUGUGGAGCCCAUAGAAGUUUUCGAGUGCUGCAGGUAAUUCUGAUGCAAGGAACUGGUAUUGUAGACUGUCCAGUGGUUUACACUCAUAAGCAAUGGAAUGCUUUCAAAGCUAACUGGUACUUUGUGGAAUUAAUCUUGAGAAAUAAAUCAUUCACUGAUUUUUUUUUUUUUAAUCUAUAAUCAGACUUAAAUCUGAAUCUUAGCUGGCAGGAAAUUAAUAGAGGCCCAGUUAAUUAAUUGGACUUUUGACCUGUAUUAAAUCAUGUUUAAUGAAUGAGUAGCAUGCAUGUUUUCAGAAUUAUAUUACAUUUUAAAGACUUUUCAAAAAUAUCAAAUAGAUGGGCUGGAGAGAUGGCUCAGCAGUUUGGGAGCACUUACAGAGGACCCAGGUUCUAGUCCUAGAAGCCACAUGGCAGUUCACAACCAUCUGCAACUCCAGUUCCAGAGGAUCUACUGCUCUCAUCUGGCCUCUCUUAGCAUCAGACACACACGUGGCACACCUGCCCACCCGUAGGCAAAACACUCAUGCACACAAUAUAGAAACAAAUAAAUGGACAAAAAGAAAUACAGGUUAUUACCCACCAUUUUAAGGUCAGUGGUUAAUCAGAAACACUGAAGGUGAUCAAACCCUCAUUAACAUGGAAACCUAAUAACCAAACAUCUAACCUUGAUACAGUCUUGCUGUGUUUUUCAACAAAUAGAAAUUGGCUGAAAGAACCUUCAUUUUGAAAUGCUAUCAGAUGUGGGCGGAGCUGACACGUGGUUGUUCAUUCUGAGCUGGCUUUGCCAUGAGUAGCAUGUCAAUGCGAAGACCCUGAAUGUAAGGUAGACGUGCCCUCAGUGAGCUUGGUGUGGAUUCAGUUCAUCGGUACCAGCUGUGUGCCCAGACACCUUUGCCUGAUGUUGAUCUUAUAAAUGAAAAGUGCUUUUUAUGCACCCAAUAAAAAUGUCGGAAUGACCCAG